AUGGCCAUGCGGUUCCUCUCAAUACAGCGGCCUUUGCUGGCUGCUGCUGCGGCCGCCGGCAUUUCCAGGCCGAGCGUUGCGAGCAGUCUCGUUGCUCCGAUUGGGGCGCAAUUGGCCAAUGCCCUGGUCGAGGGUCGAAGGAACGCCUCCGUGAAGGCGCAGGGAGCGUACAAGAAGAAGAGCAAGAGGGGAAUCCCCAAUAAGCUGGGAGCUAAGCGGACUGGAGACCAGUUCGUCAUCCCGGGCAACAUCCUCUACAAGCAGCGCGGAACGCACUGGUGGCCGGGCGAGAACUGCAUCAUGGGGCGCGACCACACGAUCCACGCCAUGGCGACGGGCUACGUCAAGUACUACCGCGACCCGGCGCGGCACCCGGACCGCAAGUACAUUGGCGUCGUCUUCAACAAGGAGGACACGCUGCCGUACCCGCAGCACGCGGAGCGCAAGCGCAAGCUCAACAAGACGGUGCACGCGAUGCGCGCGGAGGCGCAGCCGGAGGGAGUGUCGCCGUCGGGGAUCCCGUUCGAGGUGACGCGCGUGGAGGCCGGCGAGCCGGAUCGGCUGCUGAGGCUGCGGGCGGACUACAGCUACCGGGAGGACAACUGGCGGAUCGGACGGCUGGUGAAGACGACGGGGCUCAAGACCAAGGCGUUCCGCACGCGCAAGCAGUGGUUCCGGCAUAGGCGGUGGAGGAGGGAGAGGGAGAUUGCCGGGCAGAAGGAGGCGGCGAGGAAGAGGGCGGAGAGCGGGGGCGGCGGCAAGGUUGUCAAGGCGAUUAGCAAGAAGGCUGCGAAGAAGGCUGCGAAGAAGGCUGGCAAGAAGGCGAAAUGA